AUGGCUCCUCCUAGUCUUCUCGGUCCUCCAGAGCUCCACAAACCCUCACCCGCCACCGCUCCGCCGCCCCAACCCGACUCCAAACCCGACACCGGCGAACCCUUCGUCGACCUCAUGGUGGAGAAUUUCAACGAAUUGGACACCAACGAGAAGCACGACCUCCCUAUGGGCCUGACGGAGAACAACUCGGCGACGUUUCUCUCCACCGGCAACCCCUGCCUCGACCUCUUCUUCCACGUCGUCCCGGACACUCCGGCCGACUACCUCCGCGAGCAGCUCCCCAAGGCGUGGGAGCGCGACGCGCUCACCACGCUCAAGCUCAUCUGCAACCUCCGCGGCGUUCGCGGCACCGGGAAAUCCGACAAGGAAGGCUUCCACACGGCGGCGGUGUGGCUCCACAACCACCACCCCAAAACCCUCGCCUGCAACCUCGCCACCUUCGCCGAGUUCGGCUACUUCAAGGACCUCCCGGAGUUCCUCUACCGCCUCCUGGAGGGCGAGGACGUGCGGAAGAAGCAAAAAGAGGAGUGGCGGCAGAAGAAACGCGCCUCCGGGUCGAAGCGGCGCAAGUCGGGUCGGGAAGAAGGAUCCGACGGCGAGAAGAAGAGAAUCAAGAGCGAGGUGCCGAAAGAGGAGAGAGAAAAGAAAGCCAAGGAGUGGCAGAUGGGGCAGAAGGCCAAGGCGAGCGUGCUGAAGAAGGAGAAGAAGAUCGCCAUGGCCAAGAAAGCCGUCGGCCGUUACGAUCGCGACCCGGAUUUCCGGUUCCUCCACGACCGGGUCUCGGAUCUUUUCGCCGAGUGCUUGAAAUCCGAUACGGAAAAUCUCAACUCCAAUAACCUCAAGAACAUUACCCUCGCCGCGAAAUGGUGCCCUUCCACCGACUCGUCGUUCGAUCGGGCCACUCUGAUCUGCGAGAGCAUCGCCAAGAAGAUUUUCCCGCGUGAAUCGAAUAAAGAGUACGAAGGAAUGGAGGAGUCGCAUUAUGCUUACAGAGUGAGGGACCGGCUGAGGAAGGAGGUGCUGGUGCCGCUGAGGAAGGCGUUGGAGCUGCCGGAGAUUUUCAUGGGGGCAAACGAGUGGGGGAAGAUUCCGUACAACAGGGUGGCCUCGGUGGCGAUGAAGCUCUACAAGGACAAGUUCAAGAAGCACGAUGAGGAGAGGUUUAAUAAGUACUUGGAGGAUGUGAAAGCCGGGAAGGCCAAGAUCGCCGCCGGAGCUCUGCUUCCGCAUGAGAUCAUAGGGUCUUUGAACGACGGUGAGGAUGACAAGGGGGAGGUGGCGGAGCUGCAGUGGAAGAGAAUGGUGGAUGAUAUGUUGACAUUGGGGAAGAUGAAGAAUUGUUUGGCUGUUUGUGAUGUGAGUGGGAGCAUGAGUGGGACGCCGAUGGAGGUUUCGGUUGCGCUGGGGCUGCUGGUUUCGGAGUUGAGUGAGGACCCGUGGAAAGGGCUGGUGGUGACUUUCAGUGAGAGUCCGCAGCUGCAUUUGGUGCAGGGGGAGAGUCUGAAGGAGAAGACUGAUUUCGUAAGGGAGAUGGAUUGGGGGAUGAACACUGAUUUCCAGAAGGUGUUUGAUUUGGUUCUCAAAGUGGCUGUCAAGGGGUGUUUGAAGCCGGAGCAUAUGGUGAAGAGGGUGUUUGUGUUCAGUGACAUGGAGUUUGAUGAGGCUUCGGCGAAUAACUGGGAGACAGAUUAUGAGAUGAUUGAGAAGAAGUUUAGGCAGGCCGGGUAUGGGGAUGCGAUUCCGCAGUUGGUGUUUUGGAAUCUGAGGCACUCCAGGUCUAUUCCUGUGCCUGGGAAUCAGAAAGGGACUGCUCUGCUUAGUGGCUUCUCUAAGAACUUGCUCAAGCUUUUUAUGGAUAAUGAUGGGGAGGUUCAGCCGGAUAAGUUCAUGGAUUUGGCCAUUGCUGGACCUGAGUAUCAGAAGCUGGUUGUGCUGGACUGAGAAGUCCAUGAGGAUCAUAAGUUUGCCCUGUUAGUGAAGGAUGAUCGAGUGUAGUAAAUGCUUUCAUUGCUUUGUUUAGUUUUCAUACAGUUUAAGGAC